AUGUUUUGGAUUGUUUAUCGAGAUUUAGCAGCACGCAAUGUGUUAGUUGGGGACAACAAGGUAUGUAAUAUUUCAGACUUUGGUUUGGCACGUGGUUUGGAGGGAGAUCUUUACACAAGAAAGACUCAGGUGGGUUGUAAAUAAAAUCUCUCAUUAAUUUAGUGAUAUAGUACGCUCAGUACUAAGAUAAAGAACCUGCAGUUCAAAUUUCUCCACAGACGUAUAGCAACGAAUUCCUCUCUAUAUAAAAUAAGAAUUUCGGAUACUGCUCUCUGUUAUUUGUGCAAAACAGACAAGGAAACAUUAAUCCAUCUUUUUUGGGAAUGCUCGGAAACGAAAACCUUUUGGGGAAGGGUUCAUCUUUUUUCACACGUUUUGGAUAUCUAUGAAUGUUUAGGUUUUAGAGGAGAGAAAGAUUAUAUUUUAGUGAGCCAUUGUUUGCUCCUCGCAAGGUAUUAUAUUUAUUGCUGUAAAUUUAAGAACAUAUCUCCAUCUAUCAGAGAAUAUGCGCAACAGCUGAAAUAUAAUUUAGAAAUUGAAAAACAAAUAUCUAUCGUGACUGUUUCACAGAGUAAAUUUCAAUAGAAGUGGGAAAAAAUACUUCAUGCACUAUAAUUGCUAUAUAUAUAUAUAGUUUGCGGGUGGGCUCCAAAUGUGAGCCUGCUCGCAGGCUAUAUCUUAUUCUCCUCAUGCUGAUCUUAAGCCUCUGAAAAUCAAUUUUUAAUAACGUUGUACUUUUGGGUGUUCUCUUUUCAAGCUCUUACUCUUAUCAAUCUCACCCACAAUUUAGCCUUUUUGUUUUUCGCAACUGUUAAUUUUUUGUGAAUAAGUUUCUCUUUUUGUGUGUGUGUGUAAAUGAUGUGCCUCUAAAUAUGUGUGCAUUAUCACAUUGUACGUUGCGUAAGUAGAACAAUGUAAGAAGCACAAAUAUCAAUUGUAUCUUAAGUGUAAUGUAAGUAAGUAGUGUAACGCAAUGUACGUAGAGAGUCCCGUGAAAGGAACCUUAAUGUAGUUAAUGUAAGUAUCAUGUUGUAAAAAAAAAUAAUAAUAAAAUAAAAAAAAGGUGGGUCGCAAAUAAAAUCCCUCGUUAAAUAAGUGACAUAGAUCGCUUUUAUUGGCCUAUUCGUUGGUUUUCUCACUUAAACGUGUUGAUGUUCUAAGGUUUCGAAAGAUAUCGUUGUAUUAAACAUUGUAUCACUUCUGAUAUCAAUUUUUAUUUCCAUUUAUAUAUUUUUGCCAUUCCCCAAUGUCAAGGCUCGUCUUUCUAUCAAGUGGAUGUCUCCAGAAUCUCUAUUCUAUGUAACACCGACUACUAUGAGUGACGUGUAAGUUUUUUUCCAUGUUCUGUUUUUCAAAACCGUCAAGCCUGGGGAUUUCAGCUGUUCCUUUGCCUCUUUGGAAUUUGAAAAAAUUUUUCGAGAAUUAGUUGAAGAGCAGAGGUUUCUAAAUUUUCUUUUAGCUUCACUUAUUUCAUUUUUCCUAAAAUUCUUGAUGACUUACUCGUAUUAGAAGAGACUCACAAGCGUUAUCAAAGUUUAGCAAAUCCUUUUUUAAGCCGAUCAGCAUCCAUUUAAAAUGUGUGUGCGAUAAAGAAUAUUAUGAAGACAAAAUUUUUCAUACCCAAAUUAAGAAGAGUCCAAGGAUUAAGACUAGGAAUAUAUUUUCAUAUUACACAGAUGGUCAUACGGCAUCGUGAUUUGGGAGGUGUUUUCCAUUGGUAUGUAGACUAUUGUGGAGGACUCAUCGCAGUCUACCGGACAAAAGGAGACGCUUUGAUCAUAACUUGUAUUUCUUAUUGUUUUCAAGAUUGCGUUUACUGACUUCGAUAAUGAAAAGCCCUAUUGGUCCUAUAUGGAAUUUCAUAAAAAGAAACCCUUCCAAGAACUGCGUAUUAAGUAUUAAAACGUUCAAAAUCAGGAAAAAUUUGAACGAGGGCAAAAGUCCUAAGAUUUUCUCCUUCUGACCCCUGCCCCUCCACCUUUCUAGGGAGAAACGCUAUUCCAAAUCCUUUUCAACCUGAUAAAGCGGAUUGUCAAUAAAAACAGAAGCGUAGGAAUGCCCAGACUUUACGAAAAGAGCCCGUCAUGUCUACCACAAAAUCUUUCUUCUGGGAAACAUGCAGGAUCUUAAAAAAUCGUCGUGCUUUUUAUCACAUAUAUGUUAUAAUCUCAGGCGAAUCACCUUAUCCUGGGAAAAAGUCUAAAAAAGUUGUUGACUUACUGCAGACAGGAUACCGCAUGCCCAGGCCAGCACAUAUCUCACAAGAGCUGUAA